CGCUGAGGAACUAGAAGAUGGCGGAGAGUGCGGAACUGAAGCAAAUGGUGAUGAGCCUGCGAGUAUCGGAGCUGCAGGUUCUCCUGGGUUACGCAGGGAGGAAUAAACAUGGCCGAAAGCACGAGCUGCUGACCAAAGCGCUGCACCUGCUGAAGGCCGGCUGCAGCCCCGCGGUGCAGAUGAAGAUUAAGGAGCUGUACAGGCGCCGCUUCCCCACCAAGCUGGUGUCCCCGGCCGAGCUGGCCCUGCCGGGGGUCCACCCUGCUGCCACCUCGCUGCCCGCCGGACUCACCCAGCUGGCCUUCGACGGGCACGGGGCCACACCAUCCCCCCUGCUGCCCAUCUCGCUCCUCGGACCCAAGCAUGAGCUGGGCCUGCCCCACCUGCCCUCCAACCUCCACCCCGUACACCCAGACGUCAAGCUGCAGAGACUACCCUUCUACGACGUGCUGGACGAACUCAUCAAACCCACCAGCCUCGCUUCAGACAACAGUCAACGCUUUCAAGAAACGUGUUUCGCUUUCGCAUUAACGCCACAGCAAGUCCAGCAGAUCAGCGGCUCAAUGGACAUCUCCGGGACCAAAUGUGACUUCACGGUACAAGUACAGUUACGGUUUUGCUUAUCAGAAACCAGCUGUCCACAGGAAGACCACUUUCCUCCGAACCUCUGUGUAAAAGUCAACGGGAAGCCAUGUAAUCUUCCGGGCUACCUUCCUCCUACCAAAAACGGAGUCGAACCAAAGCGUCCCAGCAGACCAAUCAACAUUACCUCACUGGUCAGACUGUCCACCACCGUCCCCAACACCAUCGUUGUGUCUUGGACAUCAGAGAUUGGAAGGAGUUACUCUAUGGCGGUGUAUCUGGUGAAGCAGCAGUCGUCCACAGCGCUGUUACAGAGACUCCGAGCCAAGGGCAUCAGAAACCCAGACCACUCCAGAGCGCUCAUCAAAGAAAAAUUAACAGCAGACCCCGACAGUGAAAUCGCCACAACCAGUCUACGAGUGUCGUUACUGUGUCCGCUGGGGAAGAUGCGGCUGAUGAUUCCGUGCCGGGCGGUGACGUGUUCACACCUGCAGUGUUUUGACGCCACGCUCUACAUCCAGAUGAACGAGAAGAAGCCCACCUGGGUGUGUCCCGUCUGUGACAAGAAGGCACCCUAUGAACAUCUUAUCAUUGACGGGUUGUUUAUGGAGAUUCUGAACAGCUGUGUAGACUGUGAUGAGAUUCAGUUUAAAGAGGAUGGCAGUUGGGCCCCCAUGAGGUCGAAAAAGGAAGUGCAGGAGGUGUCGGCCUCGUGUAACGGAGUAGACGGCGGCUGUCGGACAUCAGUAUCCGAGCAGAAAUCCAACUCACACACGAACAGCAACAGUAAGAAAGUGGAAGUGAUCGAUCUGACGCUCGACAGCUCGUCAGAGGAUGAGGAGGAGGAAGAGCCGCCUCAAAAACGAAGCUGCCCCUCGCUGUCGCCCAGCUCCCCACAGAUGAAUAAAGGAGUACUGAAUCUAUGUACGCAGCCGUCUCCAGUAAGUCGAACUCCCAGUAUGCCUCAAGUGGAGACCAACUACAUCCCUCCACCACCCCCACUCAUACAGGACUACCGGCACUACUACCCUACUCCCAACGACCUGUCAGAUCUGAACUUUUUCUCAUUUUUACAAGGAGAGAAUCAUCAGCACUAUAACAUGGUGAUGGCGGCGGCCGCCUCGGCGUCGGAAGACCACGACCUCCUCCUGAACCGUUUCCUGCCCUACAGCUCCUCCCAGCUCUUUCUGGACCCGCCCAGCACCCCGGUGAGCAGCGGCGCCGUCCACGCCCCCGUCAACGUCAACCGCAGCAACAGCAGCAGCUCCAGCGGCAGCCUGGUGUCGUCCAGCAGCCUGAGAGACGCUCACGGCCUGUCCGCCGUCCAGCGCUCGGCCUCGGACACCGCCAGCGCCAUGGCCUCCGCCAUCUACGGCUCCAUCCCCGACGUUAUCUCCUUAGACUGAUCCACCACCUCUCUUUUCCUCUUCUCUCCUCUCUUCUUCUGUUCUGUUCUGUUCCUGCUGUUCCUCUAACACGACAGAACCAAACCCACUGAACGGUGAUGAUGAGAUCAUCAAGACUUUGGCGGGAAAAACAGAGAUGUUUUCUUUUCUUUUUUUUUUUUUUUUUUUUUUUCUUUUUUUUUG